AUGUCUGAUAUCUCUCCGUUUGGACAGCGGUGUGCUCGGUGUCAAGAUUUUCUCACUACACGGGAUUAUCUUCGAGAUAACAUAUAUUGCUCUAAAUGUAAAAUUGAAAUAGAAGCGGAAGAAUUUAACCAAUUACCAGGAACGAAAAGAAGGUCGUCUCGAAUUCGUGAGCACAGAUUGAAAGCAGCAGAAAUAUUGAUGAAAGAAGAGCCUAUCAAAAAAUAUAUAACCAGAAAGAAAGAAGAAAAAGAACCAAAGAACACUCAAACAGUAAUCGAGUCGAUUGAGGAACAAGCUUAUUUUGUAAAACAACCAGAAGAAGAUUUCAUAAAUGUUAUUGAAACUGGAGUGUUUCCUCAAGAAGAAGAUCAAAACAACAAAAAGUAUAUUCUUAUAAACAAAAGAAAUACUGAACUAUAUGAAAUAAUACCUAAACAUGAAAAGAAACAAUCUAAGAGACGGACACUUCAAUGCCAGUAG